AAAGAACACAGACACACAAGAAUUCCACCAACCACAUUUUAUAUAUCACCUCUCUAUCCUAUAACAAAAUACGAAUUAAAGUUUGCUGUACAUCUACGAGUGAACAAGCCAUCGUCUGCUAUAUACCAUGUCGCCACCAUCGCUUCUUCGUGAGGCACAAGGAACGCUCGACGGCAUUCGAGCUACACUGAGUCGCUUACGCAGCAUCGAGCAUGACGUUUUAUGCUUAUACGAACGCUUUACACAAACCAUGGUUGUUUGCAGUGGCCAUCUCGUACAAGCGCUUGUCCAAAUCGAGCCUCAGCAGGCUGAUCUACACCUUCAACAAGUGAUUAAGGUCUUGUUGCAGCAAGAACUCAAGCCGCAACAGUCCACCAUGGGACAGCCAUUGCCGUCGUCUCGGUCGUUCAGCAGCAACAACAACAACGACAACAACAACAAGGCAAGAGUAACACCAACAACAACGACGACAACGGAGAGAAAACACGUUUCUGGUAGUAGUGUGCCCAGCAGGGUGGAAUCGUCGGAACUUUCAUUGCAACAGGCUAUUGACAAGUACCUUCAGCUUGAGCAACAUGUCCGUCAACUGGAAUCCGAGGUGGAGUCACUGCAGCGCUUCCGGGAUGAAAACAUUGUGUGUUUGGCGCGUAUGGCUAUCCAGGAACAAGAACGACAACAGGCUGCUGCUGCUGCUGCUGCUGCUGCGAGUACGCCAAGAAGAAACAAUAAAAGUAGUAGUGAUUAGUUAUGCACAAAAAAAAAGGUGCUGCUGCUGAUGAUGAUGACGAUGGGCCCGUGCGACGUUGAAUAAACAAAAAAAAAACGCGCGCUUAAAAGCGG